AUGGCGCUGUUUUGUGCAGAGGCGGAGGGGGAGGUGCUGGCACUAUUCUGUGGCAGGGAGGAGACAGACACAGAGGCGGUGCCCGCUCAGCAGGUCAUCUCCUCACCCAGAAACUCACUGAGCGUCAUCUUCUCCUCCGACUUCUCCAACGAGCAGAGACACGCCGGGUUCGUGGCCCACUACAGCGCAGAGGAUGUGGACGAGUGCAGCGACCGCAGCGACGAAGAUCUGCUCUGUGAUCACUACUGUCACAACUACAUUGGGGGAUACUAUUGCUCCUGUCGCUAUGGUUACCUGUUGCACACCGACAACCACACCUGCAGAGUGGAGUGUAGUGACAGUGUGUUCAGGGAACGCUCAGGUGUUCUCAGCAGUGUCGAUUUCCCCGCUCCAUAUCCAAAGAGCUCGGACUGCUCAUAUGGUAUUGAGGUGGAGCCCGGCUUCAAGCUCCGCCUCCAGUUUGACCCCAGCUUCGACAUAGAGGACCACCCGGACGCCAGGUGUCCCUAUGACUACAUCAAGAUCACAGGGGGCAGCACUGAGUUUGGUCCGUUCUGCGGAGAUAAAUCACCAGGAGUCAUUGAAACGGAGAGUAAUGUCAUCACUGUCGUCUUCCACAGCGACAACUCGGGAGAAAACCUGGGCUGGAGGAUGACGUAUACAGUCAUAGGAAGUCAGUGUCCUGUACCUGAGAUCCCGUCCAAUGCCCUGAUAAAUCCCAUCCAAUCAGAUUACUCCUUCAAAGACUACAUUGUGUUCACGUGUAAGCCUGGAUACAAACUACUGAAGGAUGCACAGUACCUAGACCAUUUCCAGGUGGACUGUGGUUCUGAUGGCUCCUGGAGCAGCCGUCCUCCUCAGUGUCACACGGUGGAUUGUGGGAGUCCAAAGGUGGUCGACAUGGCUGACGUGGUGUUUGGUAACCAUGACAACAGCACCCUGUUUGGAUCAAAUUUCACUUACAUCUGCAGAGAGGGCACGUUUGACCCUAGCAACCGCAACACUUCUUACACCUGUGGACAGAAUGGAGAAUGGACCAAUUCAGAAGCCGGAAUAAAACUGCCAAAUUGUCUUCUAGCCUGUGGACAUCCGUCACGCACUCUCCCGGCUCAGGUGAAGCGUAUCGUGGGUGGGCGGAGUGCAGAGCCAGGCCUCUUCCCCUGGCACGUACUGCUCAGUGUGGAGGACCAAUCCCGGGUUCCAGAAGACCGCUGGUUCGGAUCUGGGGUGCUGCUGUCUGAGUCUUGGGUCCUCACCGCUGCCCAUGUCCUCAGGUCCCAGAGGAGGGAUGCCAGUGUUGUCCCCGUGGCACCUGAGCAUGUGAAGGUCUACUUCGGUCUCCACGACACCCGAGACAAACAUCAGGCCGUGAGUCGCUCAGUGGACGAGGUCAUCCUUCAUCCAGACUUCCAACCCAACAACUACAACAACGACAUCGCCCUCCUGAGGCUCAGCGAGAGGGUGGAGUUUAACAACGUCACCCGCCCCGUGUGUCUGCCGUCCCCUGACAACAAGCCUGACCACUCCUCACCCCCUCCUAACUCCCUGGGAGUUGUUGCUGGUUGGGGAAUCUCCAACCUCAAUGCCUCCUCAUCCUCGCUGACCUCUAACCCCACUCUGAUGGCUGACCCUGGAGUGACCUCUGACCUCCUGCAGUAUGUGAAACUGCCGGUGGUUUCCCAGGACGAGUGUCGUGCCAGCUACGCCUCGCGCUCCAUCACCUACAACAUCACAGACAACAUGUUCUGCGCUGGGUUCUUUGAGGGGGGGCGAGACACCUGCCUGGGUGACAGCGGGGGGGCGUUUGUCAUGGAGAACCAGGUCAUCCGGAGGUGGGUGGUGUUUGGGCUUGUGUCCUGGGGCGGCCCAGAGGAGUGUGGGAGUCAGCGAGUGUAUGGCGUCUACACUCGAGUGGCUAAAUAUGUGGAGUGGAUACAGGAACAUGUUUAGACUGCCCCCUGGUGGUGAGACAGAUAUGAGGACACAUACAUGUCCUCACCUAAUUUCUCUCUGACAUUCUGCUUUUUGUAAACGGCCUUAACUAAACUAGUGUGAACUAGAAGAUCAGGAGAAAUGAGGAUGUAAUAAGAGAUACAAUGACAUGUGACUAGGUAUGAUUAGAUGCCGACGAUCAUCUUGUCUCCUAACAAUAAAUACAGCGGAUGACUGUGGCAGCCUGCAGGGGGCGUAAACAUCAAAACAUUGCAUAAAAACUUUUUUUGUACGUACGUUUUCUUUAUUAUCUAUUAAUCAACACUCCACUGUAUUUUUAAAAGACUUGUAUUGUCUCGUGUUACAUUUAUGGGCUGUUGGGUUUAUUUUACACUCCUUUAUUCAUCAAAAUAAACACGUUUGCAAAACAGAGUUAUUCAUUGAAAUGAU